ACCGAACAUUACGGCGCGGCGACUGCAAAUAGCAGUUAACCUGCGUGAACCCGUUUUCAGGUUCAAGGUACUGCUACGUGUACCCAACCAUAGGAAAAGUAGUAAACAGUACAUCAGUAAUACAUGUCGAUACGAACCGUUCGCUAAAGCAGACUUCGAUCCUAUAGAAUAAAAGUGAUAUUUUUUCGUUCACCAUUAUUUUCACAAUCAUUUUUCUUCGUUUUUUGUCACAAAAAAUCAAUACUAUGGAAGAUGUUUUUCUCCUGUACACCGUUGUAGUCACCGCCUUGUUGCUGCUUUAUAUUUUCUUCGAUGUCAACUAUUUUCUCAGGAUUAUUUUUACGAUCGGAUGGGGUAAGAUAUUUGACAAAAAGAAGAAGAUUGACGAGCAAACAGAAAUAUACGGUUUAGUAACUACACAGGACUUGGACAUAUUCUUCAAACAUAUGAACAAUGCUCGAUACGUGAGGGAAUUGGACUUUGCCAGAUUUCAUUUUUAUGAAAGGACCGGCAUAUAUGACGAAAUAAAAAAGGUCGAUGGUCAUGUGCUACAAACAGCAUCUAAUAUCAGAUAUAGGAGGACAAUGCCUUUACUACAGGCCUACAAAGUCACACAAAAAAUCGUUUCUUGGGACGAAAAGACGUUAUACAUCGAACAACAAUUCGUAACUCUGAGAGACAACUUCGUACGAGCUGUUGUUCUGAGUAAACAAACUACCAUUGGACUGAAUGUGCCAGAAAUUAUGGCAAAACUGACUGGUAAAGAUGUCUCCUAUCGUCCAACGCCGCCUCCGGAACUAGAGGAUUGGCUCACCUCUAUGGACAAGUCCAGCGAAAGACUAAGAAAGAAGAAUUGAUUAAAUUUGGUAUACAGGGUGUCUAAAUAUCCCGUGGACAUGGAACUACUACGUAUUUUCGGAAUCAAAGUAAAUUCAUUGGGCACAAUUUACGUCUAUGCAAAAAUGCUUCGUUUGUCCGUCAGAGGGCAUCAAAGUUAAAUAAAUAAACACAUUUCAAAUCGGAGUAUUGUUCCUUAAACUAUCUUAAAAAACGUGUUUAUUUUUUUAAAGUUGUUGAGGUAAGUUGUGUCCAAUCUUCGAAUUAAAAGAUUAAGGAAGGAACAUAUCAAAAAUCUUAGAUCCAACUAAGUGAUAGACCCAAAU